AAUCACAGAACAAGUCACAAUGUCACAAUAAACAAUAAUAUUUAUUUGUUCUGAUUUGUAAUUAAUUUACAAUAAAGAUGCCCCAAGAAUACGGAGACCGAGUAAGUUUACAUUUGGAUGUAAACAAUGGACUCGAUAGCGUUACCGAAUUAGUUCACACUCGGUUAGUUGAGAGCGGUUGGAAAGACGAAGUCCGACUAGCCUGCAGAAAAGCCAUCGUGGAAAGCGGAGACAGAGUCCCUACGGUGGACGAAUUAAUUUCAACUAUCACACCAAAAGCUAGAGCCCUAAUUAGGGAGAAAGUCAAACGAGAGUUGCUUUAUAAAAUUGAACACAUUCUAAUGAAUUUAGAAAAAGUAGGAUACAAGGACUUGGAGGAUAUUUGAAUUAGUAGCAAAAUGUACUUUAAUUUGAGAUACUAAUUUUCUCAAUUAUUAAAUAAAUUUCAAUUAUUAUUCUAA